AUGGUCAUCGAACAAUCUUUGAAAUUCGAGUUUAAGGCGAGCAACAACCAAUCAGAAUAUGAGGCACUAAUCGCCGGAUUAAGGCUCGCCAUUGAAUUAGGCGUUCAGAAAUUGUUCAUCAAAGGCGACUCACAGCUGGUUGUUAAACAGGUAAAAGGAGAGUAUCAGGUAAAGGAUCCACAACUUGCUAAAUACCUGGAAGUGGUGCACAGGUUAAUGAUGGAAAUAGAGAAGAUCGGGAUAGAACAUAUUCCAAGAAGUCAAAAUGAAAGGGCGGACGUGCUGGCAAAACUGGCCAGUACGGGGCGAUUGGGCAACUAUCAAACAGUCAUCCAGGAAACCCUUUCUCGCCCCAGUAUUGACUUGGUGGAAGUUAAGUUAAAGGCGGUAAAGACGGUAACGGAAGGCGAGCCUUCAUGGAUGGAAUCAAUCAAAACUUUCCUCAAAAACCCUCCAAAGGAUGAUGAUUUGAACACAAAAGAAAAGCGUAGGGAGGCUAGUUUCUACACGCUGGUAGGCGAUGAACUAUAUCGGCGGGGAAUUAUGUCUCCUAUGCUCAAAUGUGUUGACAUGAGAGAUGCCCAGGGAAUCAUGGCAGAAGUUCACGAAGGAGUAUGCUCUAGUCACAUAGGAGGGCGAUCAUUGGCAGUAAAGGUAUUGAGAGCAGGAUUUUACUGGCCAACAAUGAAGAAAGACUGCCUGGAAUACGUCAAGAAGUUUGGGGUCCCCAUGGCUUUGGUAACGGAUAAUGGGACUCAAUUCACAAGCAAUGUCACCAGAGAAUUUUGUGCGGAUAUGGGAAUUGAAAUGCGAUUUGCAUCAGUAGAGCACCCUCAGACCAACGGGCAGGCAGAAUCAGCCAACAAGGUCAUUUUGAAGGGCUUAAAGAAAAAAUUGGAUGAGGCGAAAGGUCUUUGGGCGGAAGAACUUCCAGCCGUCCUAUGGGCAUACAACACGACUGAACAGACAAGCACGAAGGAAACCCCAUAUCGUCUAACUAAUGGAACUGAUGUCAUGCUCUCAGUGGAAAUUGAAAACCAAAAUAGAAAAGGGCGUGGCCCAUACAUGCUUUAA